UUUAAAUACCGCUACAGAUCUGGACAAGGGUCAGGAUAUAGAGAAUCCGGGACAGCGGUAACACAGAUCGAUAAGGUCUUUACCGGAUUGGGACAGUUGUCAAGUAGAUAUCACCACCACUUCCAUCAUGCAUCAGAAGAUACUGAAGAGUGCCCACUACAUAGAGCUGGGGAGCUAUCAGUACUGGCCGGUGCUGCUUCCAAGAGGCAUUAGACUAUAUACCUAUGAGCAGAUUCCUGUUUUCCUCAAAGACAACCCAUAUAUCACAGAUGGCUAUCGAGCAUAUUUACCAUCCAGAUUGUGUUUGAAAAGCCUAUUCAUCUUGUCCAAUGAAACUGUUAAUAUCUGGAGUCACCUGCUGGGUUUUCUCCUAUUCUUCAGUCUGGGAAUUUAUGAUAUGAUGUUGGUUUUGCCAUCUGUAAAUGCAUCACGAGAGGACUUUGUUAUAUGUUCCAUCUGUCUGUUCUGCUUUCAAGUCUGCAUGAUGUGCUCCGUAGGUUAUCACCUAUUCUGUUGUCACCGUUCAGAGAAAACUAGCCGUCGAUGGAUGGCGUUGGAUUAUGCAGGCAUUUCAAUCGGCAUCCUGGGCUGUUACGUCUCUGGAGUAUUUUAUGCUUUCUACUGCAACAAUUACUGGCGCCAGGUAUAUUUAAUCACUGUACUAGCCAUGAUCCUGGCAGUAUUCUUCGCUCAGAUUCACCCAAGCUACCUCACACAACAAUGGCACAGGCUCCGUUCUGUAAUCUUCUGCUUGGUCUCUGGGUAUGGCAUCAUUCCUACAAUCCACUGGAUUUGGCUACAUGGAGGCAUAGGAGCUUCCAUUGUUCAGGAGUUUGCUCCACGUGUAAUUGUUAUGUACAUGAUUGCAGCUUCAGCCUUCCUAUUCUACAUUUCUAAAGUUCCAGAAAGGUAUUUUCCAGGUCAGCUGAACUACCUGGGUUCAAGUCACCAGCUGUGGCAUAUACUUGCAGUUGUCAUGCUUUACUGGUGGCAUCAGUCUACAGUGCACAUCAUGCAGUACAGGCAUAGCCAACCUUGCCCAGCGUAUGCAGAAAAUGUGUGAUUAGAGAUUUUCGGGAUCCAACGUGAAGACUUCAGAAGCCAUGGACAUUUCAGAGGUUCUUGUUUCAGUGACAUUUAUACAUGGAUUUGUCGUUGUACUAUAAUCAUUACUGAACCUCCUAAAGGAAUCAGAGACGAAUAUGUUAUUUCUUGUAUCGAUGUGGCAUUCUGAAGUCGCUGAAGACAGUGAUUUUCUGCUGUCCUUUGUGAACUCUCUUGGAUAGAUUAAACUGUUUACUUUUGUACAGCAAGAAUAUGUGCAGUACAUACCAAACUACAAUCUUGUGUGUCAGGAAAUCUAAUGCAUAAUGCUGGCCCUUGUCUGUCUGAAUAAGAUUUAAUUCU